AUGACAGCUUUCUCGGAGUCGUGGCUGGUUGGUCCACAGCGCACGCAAUUCUAUACUCGCACGUACCGCCCAGCUUCCACCGCAAAAGCUGUUGUAAUUUUCGUGCACGGUUUCAUCGAGCACAUUGCUCGGUACGAGCAUGUAUUUCCUACUUGGUCCGCGCGCGACAUAGCCGUCUUUGCGUAUGACCAGCGCGGCUUCGGCAGGACGGCUUUGGACACGGAAAAGAAGAGCAAGGAUAGUUCGUAUGCGAAGACCAGUUGGAAGGAACAAUUUCAAGACAUUGAGUGGGCUAUAAACCACGCGAAGAGCGAGUUCGGUUCCAUUCCCGUGUUUCUGUAUGGGCAUUCAAUGGGUGGGGCACUGGUACUUGCAUUCUGUACCAGGGCAAGUAGUCCCCCUGCAAAGGGAACAGUAACAGAUCUGGCGGGCGUGAUUUCCACUAGCCCCCUCAUCCUUCAAACGAAGCCAGCCGCUAAAGCGGCAAGAUGGAUAGGUGGAAAGGCUAGCUUACUAGCGCCUUCGCUCACUAUUCCGUCGGAUGUCAAGGGUCAGAAUUUGUCGCAUGACAAGACUGUCGGCGAGGAAUAUGCGAAAGAUCCUAUGGUUAAGCAAGUUGGGUCGCUUCGCGGAGUAAGCGACAUGUUAGACGGGGGCGAGCACCUCUUGCACACCGAUUACGCUCGUUGGCCCACAAACCUCCCCGUCUUCUUCAUACAUGGUUCGGAUGAUAAGGUAACCUCUCCCAAAGCUUCUGAGCUAUUUCAUCAACGGGUACCAGCAAAGGAUAAGAAAAUAUCCAUUUACCAAGGUGGCUAUCAUGAACUUCACAAUGAACCAGACGGUGUGAAGGAGAAGCUCAUUGAGGAGUGUAUUACUUGGGUGGAGGCACACCUCUAUUCUAAUAUUUCACUCAGGCUCUGA